AUGACAAGCUUCGAGUCUCCUUCAACCUCCACUCUGGACAAGCCUCACUCCUUGGCACAAAUGAUGCUAUUUCAGAGUGAAAAGGCUUCUGCAACUGAGAUUGUGGUUAUUCCGAAAUUGGAAGAACCUGCAACAAGUGGAUUGCCAUUAGGGGUUCAGAUUACGAAUCCUCCUGCUGCAGAGUUCCUCCAGACUGAGCCAUCAAAAUUGAUUUUAACCCUAUCAAGAGGGGGUGGUGACCACCUGAUCAUUUCAGAGUUUGUUCCGGGAAGUGCAUCUUCAAGCUUUUGGAAAAAUAGUGCAUCUGAAUGCUCUCUAAUAAUUUGUGAACUAUUCUGGGUCUGGUUUGGUUUGCUGAACCUGAAGCUUUCAGCAGACCAUCACAAGGAAUUUACGGGACAACAAUAUCUGUACAAGGAUAAAGUUAAUGCCUUCUUGAAUCAGCUUUUGACUUUCUCAUUGAAGGUAAAGUUGACAAAUUUCAGUACCCUUUUUGAGGUUUUUGUUCAAUUUUGUUUUGAAUUUUGUGGUUUGGUUUAUAAGUUUGGGUAUUCAUAUGCGAUUCUAUGAAAGUUUGACAGCACAUUGUAAAUUAUGUGAGUUCAUUUAAGUUUGUUUGAAUGUUUUGUUUGGUCAUUACCUCUCAUUGGGCUUCCAUAUUAGGUGCUCUAGCUUUGGGCUGAUGUUUUGAUUUAGGGUCUUCUAAAACUUGCAUAGUCGAUCUCAUUGUUCUAUCUCGCUCUCCUGAAACUUCCAUAAACUCUGCAUAGAUAUCUUUAUUUGUCCGCAAAACUUGAUAACAAUCACAUCUAUAUUAGUAGUUAUUCACAUCUAUUUAUUAGUGCCGUUUUCUCUAAUCUACCUAUUAAUAAUUAUUCAAUUUGAUGUGACAAGGAAAUCAGCGAACCAAUAUCAUCCUCAACAAGCAAGAACCAAAACCAGAAGUAGAAGAUUAACUAAAUGUGAACCCCACUGUGUAUAUACAAUUUUUGUUCAACUUAUCUAAGUUGUGAACAGGUAGAGGUAUGACUGCAUUUUUGGCUAACAGCAAAGCAUUUUGUAUAAUCAAAACUGGAGUUAACUUUUUGAUCAUGCUCCACACUAUGCUCUCUGCUUUCUACUGCUAACAAUUGGAGCCUUAUUAUUUUGAAAUGAAUGACUCUAGCUUCAUUGUAAUAUAUGUUCUGUGCUACUAAAUGCUAUAUUCUGAUUUUCAUUUUA